GGCUCCUACAGAAACAUCAUCUCCCAGACUCUGGGGCAACCUCGCUCACACGAGAGUCUCACCCUUCUUCGUCGCCUCUACGAUGCUCAUCCGACUUCCGCACACGUCCCCCUGAUCGAGAGCACAGACAGCACAUUUCCAUUAUCCCGCUAUCUUGAAAGCCAAGAGGUCGCCGUGAAUAUUCAGUCGCACUUUCUGCCCGUAGAGGGAGAGCCUCCCCGCCUCGCCGGCGAUACAUAUCUGAUGUACUUGUUCGACGACAAGUCAAAACGCGUAUUUCCAAGUGUCAUUGCUGGCUGUUCGACAUUCAGUUACAACGGGACCUUCUUCACGGCCUACAAAGCUACCUGGGCGACUCCGGACGGCAGCGAAAUAUACUUCUAUGACCUCGUCGCUGACUCGGAGGAUGCGGGGAAGGAUCUUGCGCAAAAAGUGUAUGUUUACGGCGAGACGUUGCGAGAAGAGAUAUGGGUGUACCAGAGUGGGAGGUGGACGGCGAAUAAGCAGCUCUAUCAGGCUAUCCAGGCUGCGAAUUGGAACGACGUGAUCCUUGAUGAUUCUUUCAAAGAUGGAUUGAGGAGGGACACACAGGGAUUCUUCGAGAGUAAGGAUAUUUAUGACGAUCUGGGGACUGUAUGGAAGAGGGGUAUCCUACUCUUGGGUCCUCCGGGAAACGGAAAGACCGAAUCUAUCAAAGCGCUUUUGAAAGAGACGCAAUACCCCGCUCUCUACGUAAAAUCGUUUACCACUCCAUAUGGCCCCGAAUAUGGCGUCCGAACCAUUUUCAAAAAAGCCCGCCACAGCGCGCCUUGUAUCCUCGUCCUCGAAGACCUCGACGCCAUGGUUGUCCCAAAAGUCCGCAGCUUCUUCCUCAAUGAGCUGGACGGUCUCGCUGCCAACGCCGGCAUUCUUACGAUCGCUACAACGAACCACCCAGAACGAAUCGACGACGCCAUCGUCAACCGUCCGUCAAGAUUCGAUGUAAAGUAUAAUUUUGCUCUUCCGGACAUCGAGUUGAGGAAAGCGUUCGCGAAGAAAUGGAUCGAAAAGUUCGGUGGGAGCGGGGAGAAGAAGGAGGAUAAAGAUGACACGAAACCGGUGACGAGGGCGAAGGGAGUCAAGUUUGCGAUGGAGAAGGAGGACAUCGCGACGAAGGUGGCAGAGAUGACCGAGGGGUUUAGUUUUGCGUUCUUGAAGGAACUGUUCGUUUCAUUCCUCCUCUCCGUCGCCCAUAGUCGGUCCAACAAGAACCAUGCCACCUCCGUGGACGACCUGCUCUUCGAACAGAUCGAGAAACUGUCGAAGCAGAUCAUCAAGCCAAAGGAUGAGGGAGAGAAGAAAGAGAAGAAGGAAGGGGAAACGGCGGAGGCGGAGGCGGACGAGCCGGAUAGUUGUUGGUCUCCGCGUGAACCAGCGGAGAGGGACACUUCGCAGGUUGGGCCGACGUUCUGAUCCUCUUCCGCAUUAUUUUCGGUCCGUUCGCAGAGUGGACUAUCCUUUAGCGUAAAUGAGUCGUAGUUGCUUAGUAUCACAAUGUAUAAGAUUCAGCACGCAGGUCAUCAAUCUCAUGCUACUUCCGC